AAACCCUGAAUUUUUGUUCUUCAAACGAGGAGUCGAAACCUCUCGCCUCUGAAGAAGGGCAAAGCAGCUAACGAGGAUAAAAUGAUACAAACAAAGAGAAAGAGAGUCCCUGUGAGAAGCUUGAAAGAGGAAGAAGAUGACCUGCUGCUACUAGAUUCUAAUGAUUACGACGGAGAUAGUUUGUCCGGGUCUUUGCAUUCCGAUAUUUUUGAUCCCGAGGACGACGGUUCAUCAGAAGACGGAGAGAGAGAAUCAUCCGAGGACGAAGUCGAUGGUCUUGAGGGAUCAGAUGAUAAUGAUGAUGGUGAUGAAAGUGAACUAGUAGAUGGGAGUGACCAAGGUUCUGAGCAGCAAGAUGAAGAGAGCGAUUCUUCAGAAGAUGAGGUUGCUCCAAGAAAUACAGUUGGAGAUAUUCCCUUGGACUGGUAUAAGGAUGAGAAACAUAUUGGUUAUGACAUCACUGGGAAGAUGAUUACCAAGAAAGAAAAGCCAGACAAACUUGAGUCUUUUCUUGCUACUUCUGAUGACUACAAGAAUCUCUACAAGAUUUAUGAUGAAUAUAAUGACGAGAAAGUGGAGCUGACUAAAAAGGAGAUAAUGUUCAUUCAUAGAAUGCUCAAAGGGAAAGCGCCACAUGCUGACUUUGAUCCACAUGCGCCUUAUGUUGAUUGGUUCAUAUGUGAUGAUGCAAGACAUCCACUCUCUAGUGCACCAGAACCCAAGCGAAGGUUCCUCCCUUCAAAAUCGGAGGCUAAAAUGGUUGCUAAGCUCGUUAGAGCAAUCCGGAAGGGGCUGAUCAAGUUUGAUAAGCCUGAAGAAGAGCUCAAUCUUUACCUCUUAUGGGCUGGUGAUUCAACUUCAGAUCAAAAGAGCAAGCAAUUAACUUAUAUUCCUCCACCAAAACGAAAAUUGCCAGGACACGAGGAAUCAUACAAUCCUUGUUUGGAAUUCAUUCCAACAGAGGAAGAGAAAGCCUCAUAUAAAUUGAUGCCUGAGGAAGAUCAGCCAAAACUCAUUCCUCAAAGGUUUACAACUCUGAGAAGCAUUCCAGCAUAUGUGAAUGCACUAAAAGAGUCUUUUGACCGUUGUUUGGAUCUAUACCUAUGUCCGAGAGUCCGAAAGAAGAGAAUAAACAUAGAUCCUGAAUCUUUGAAGCCUAAGCUACCUAGUAGGAACGAUCUUAGACCUUAUCCAGACUCAUGUUAUCUUGAAUAUAAAGGCCAUACAGGAAAAGUUACUACCAUAUCCACUGAUUAUUAUGGCCAAUGGAUAGCCUCAGGUUCAACUGAUGGAUCCGUCCGUAUAUGGGAAGUGGAAACUGGUAGAUGUCUUAAAAUCUGGCAAUUUGAUGAAGCUAUUAAGUGUGUGGCUUGGAAUCCUCUUUCCGGCUUAUCAAUUUUAGCCGUUGCCAUGGGACGAGAUUUGGUUAUCCUAAACACUGAACUUGACACUGAUGAGGAACAGGAAUAUAUUAAAGAGCUGCUGCACUUAGGAAACGUUAUAGAACCAAAUGCAUCCGUUGCAGCAAUUGCAAGAUGGCUUCCAGAUGAGAAAUAUGGAGGGAUCAUGAUUAGACAUUUUAAGAACGUAUCGAGUAUUGACUGGCAUCGUAAGGGAGACUAUCUGUCAACAGUCAUGGCAUCCGGCGAAACGCGAGGUGUUGUAAUUCAUCAAAUCUCGAAAAAGCUUACACAAAAGCCCUUCAAGAUCCGUGGACUUCCAGUGACUGCAGUUUUUCAUCCCAGCCGUUCAUACUUGUUCAUCGCGACAAGAAAGAACGUGCGUGUUUACAAUCUGUUAAAGGUAGAUGAGCCCGUCAAAAAGCUCGAGACUGGAAUGCGGGAAAUCUCAUCACUAGCGAUUCAUCCUGGUGGUGAUAAUCUGAUAGUAGGAAGUAAAGAAGGGAAGAUGUGUUGGUUUGACAUGGAUCUUUCUUCGAAGCCGUACAAGACUCUCAAGAAUCAUCCUAAGGACAUCACUAAUGUGGAGUUUCACCGUUCGUAUCCGUUGUUUGCUUCGUCCUCAGAGGACUCAACAGCUUAUGUGUUCCAUGGAAAGGUGUAUAAUGAUCUGAAUGAGAAUCCUCUGAUUGUACCGUUGGAGAUUCUAAGAAGCCAUUCUACUUCUUCAAAUGGUGGAGGAGUCUUGGACUGCAAGUUUCAUCCGAGACAACCAUGGCUAUUCACUGCAGGGGCUGACUCAAAUAUCAAACUUUAUUGCCACUAAAUUUAUAAACCCUCUUUUUGACAUUUGCAAAAGUUGUUUCAGAUUGUUUUUUUACUUUUUUCGGUGAAAGUGGUAAUGGGUGUUUAUUUGUGUCUAGAUCUCCCGACUUACUAUUAAAUUUAGCGAAUUUAU